CGAGGCGCGCCGGGCGGAGCGCGCACCUGGGACGACCGGGCGGCCCCGGCCCAACCCUCCCCGCGACCGGGCCCGCCCCUGCGCCCGGGCUAGAAGCCGGAAGCGGGUUGAGUAGGACAGACCCCGCUUCGCCUCCGAAGGGCGAGCCACGGCGCUCCCUCGCUGCGCCCCGAGCCCUCGCGACAGCGCCGGGGCCAUGGGGGCUCCGCGCCGCCAGCCACCCGUCGUGCCGGGGCCCCCGCUGGGGCCGCUGCUCCUUCUCCUGAGCGCGCUGGCCGCGGGCCACGCCUCCCUGAGGCUGCUGGACCACCCGGCGCCCGUCUGCUCCCAGCCGGGGCUGAACUGCACCGUCAAGAAUAGUACCUGCUUGGAUGACAGCUGGAUCCACCCUCGAAACCUGACCCCCUCGUCCCCAAAAGACGUCCAAAUCCAGCUGCGCUUUACCCACACCCAGCACGGAGACCUGCUGCCUGUGGUUCACAUCGAAUGGACGCUGCAAACAGAUGCCAGCAUCCUGUACCUCGAGGGUGCGGAGCUGUCGAUCCUGCAGCUGAACACCAACGAACUUCUGUGUGUCAAGUUCGAGUUUCUGUCUAAACUGAGGCACCACCACAGGCGGUGGCGUUUCACCUUCAGCCACUUUGUGGUCGACCCUGACCAGGAGUACGAGGUGACCGUUCACCACCUGCCCAAGCCGAUCCCUGAUGGGGACCCGAACCACCAGUCCAGAAACCUCCUCGUGCCUGGCUGCGAGGACCCCAGGAUGAAGCUCACCACGCCAUGUGUGAACUCAGGCAGCCUGUGGGAGCCCAACAUCACCGUGGAGGCCUCGGAGGCCCACCGGCUGCGCGUGGGCUUCGCCCUGUGGCACGAGCCCGCCCACUACCAGCUCCUGCUGAGCAGCUUCCCCCACGCGGAGGACCACGUCUGCUUUGAGCACGUCCAGCACGUCGCUGCGCCCAGACGCGAGGAUUUCCAGCCGCGAUCCAACGUCACGCUCACCAUCCACAACUCGGACUGGUGCUGCCACCACCGCCUGCAGAUCCAGCCCUUCUUCAACAGCUGUCUCAACGACUGCCUCCGCCACUCCGUGACGGUUCCCUGCCCAGACGUCCCAGAGACUCUAGACGUGGUUGCAGACUACCCGCCCCUGUGGGUGUACGGCUUCAUCACGGGCAUCUCCCUCCUGCUGGUGGGCUCCGCCGUCCUGUUCAUCCUCUGCAUGACCUGGCGGCUGUCUGGGACUCAUCAUGAGAAACACGAUAAUGACACCAAACACGCCGGUGUCCCGCCUGCAGCUGACCUGACCCCCCCAGCCCUGAAGCCAAGGAAGGUUUGGAUCGUCUACUCAGCCGACCACCCUCUCUAUGUGGAUGUCGUCCUAAAAUUCGCCCAGUUCCUGCUCACCGUCUGUGGCACUGAAGUAGCCCUCGACCUGCUGGAGGAACAGGCCAUCUCGGAGGUGGGGGUCAUGACCUGGGUGGGCCGCCAGAAGCAGGAGAUGGUGGGGAGCAACUCCAAAAUCAUCAUCCUGUGCUCCCGAGGAACCCAGGCCAAGUGGCAGGCUAUCCUGGGCUGGGAGGAGCCUGCCGUCCGGCUGCGGUGUGACCGCAGGAAGCCCGCUGGGGACCUGUUCACGGCGGCCAUGAACGUGAUCCUGCCAGACUUCAGGAAGCCGGCCUGCUUCGGCACCUACGUCGUCUGCUACUUCAGCGGCAUCAGCAGCGAGGGCGACGUCCCCGACCUCUUUAACAUCACUUCCAGGUACGCCCUCAUGGACGGGUUCGAGGAGGUGUACUUCCGGAUCCAGGACCUGGAGAUGUUCGAGCCCGGCCGCAUGCACCGCGUCGGGGAGCUCACGGGCAAAAACUACCUGCACAGCGCCAGCGGCCGGCAGCUCAGGGAGGCCGUGGAGCGGUUCCGGGAGUGGCAGGCCCGGCGCCCCGACUGGUUUGAGCACGAGAACCUGUGCUCAGCGGACGACCAGGACCUCCCGUCCCUGGACGAAGAGGUGUUUGAAGAGCCGCCGCUGCCGCCAGGAGUGGGCAUCGUCAGGCAGAGGCCCGUGGUGCGGGAGCCUGCCUCCGCCGACGGGCUGGCGGUGAGCGUGCUCCUCGGCGGGGAAGCAGGAGGAGUGUGGAGGCUGGAGCCUCAGCUGCUGCCAGAGGGGCAGCCAGCGGCCCAGCCCCUGCGGACGACGGUGCUCCCGGUGGAGAAGGUCCCUCCAGCUCAGGCUGCGGAGCCCGUGCCUGUCGCUGACGGGGGCAGCAUGGCCAGCCGGCUGGCUGUGCUGGAGGAAGGCGAGGCCCACCCGCUGCUGGGGGGCCGUGGCCCUCAGCAGAACAGUGUGCUCUUCCUGCCCGUGGACUCGGGGGGCCCACGUCGCUGCAGCGCCCCGCUGGCGUCUCCUGAGCCCCUCCCGAGCGAGACGCGAGAGCGGCUGGAGGGCCUGAUGCUCUCACUCCUCCAACAAGACCCCUACACGCCGUGCGAGGAGGAGCAGCGGCAGUCGGUGCAGUCUGACCAGGGCUACAUCUCCCGGAGCUCCCCGCAGCCCCCCGACGGACUCAGGGGAAUGGAGGAGGAGGAGGAGGAGGGUCUGGGGGAGUCGGCCAUGCCGCUCUCUCUGGAAGACCUGGAGAGCCUGAGGAGCCUGCAGCGACAGCUGCUCUUCCACGAGCUGCGGAAGAACGCUGGCUGGGACAGGGUGGGCUCAGAUAGGCCAGUCGGGCCGGGGCAGGCCCCCUCCUAGGGGCUGCCGGGUCCCCAGCGUUGAGUGUGCAUGUGAGUGUACAUGCGUGUGCGUUUUUGUAUACAUGUCUGUGUGUGUAUGGGUGUGUGAAGCGUGUGCUUGCGGUUGUAGACAUGUUGACUCUCGUCCCUAGGCGCCCCCUAGCUUCCCAUUAUGUAGCCAUCUGGUUAUCAUCCGUCCCUGUGGGAACCCACAGCCCAUUUCUGGGAGCUAAUGGCAGCGUGACUUCGAGUCUGUCAUUUGCUCCUUCAUUCAGCAUUUAUUUUGCACCUACUCUGUGCCGGGCAUUUGGGAUUCAAAGAUAAAUUGCACAGGGCACAGCCCUGGCCCCAGGGAGCCUCACACCCAGUGAGAAGAUGCGCAGAAAAGGCACCCGGCCCCGGGAGAGGUUCCUGGAGGAGGUGACGUCUGAGCUGGAGCAGAGGCGUGUUGCCUAGUCAGGGGUAGUGGUUGGGGGAGGCGCAGUCCCAGGGCAGGGCCAGCCGCGGGGUCAGUGCUGGGAGGUGAGGCGGCUGGAGUGGAGGUGGGGGUGGGGUAGCCAGAGCUCAGCCUGUGGGCCAGGUGGGAGCUGGGACCUCAGCCCGAAGGCCUGGGAUGGGCUGUCGCCCAGCAGGGGAGACGGCUGAGGGCCAGACACACCCAGAGGAGACAGGAUAGAAACGUGCGAAGUGAAACAACCGUGUUUGGCAGGGAGGCGAACGAGACAUCCUGAGCGCGUGUUUUGGCAGGCAGUCAGUGGCAGAGGACGCUGCAGCCCCCCGAGCUCGGGACGCGCUGGCGCGCGAGGACAGAGUGAGGAGGGUGCCAGCUGCGGGGCCCGCAGCGGGCGGGAGGGGAGCGAAGGUCUGGGCAGACCCUUCCCAGGGGACAGGGUGCCGCUCUGUCCUUGACGGUCUCACGUUUGAGGAGAGACUCGAGGCCCAGUGUUUGAAGAAAUUGUUGCUGAAGUGCCUUCUUGGGGUGCGGGUGUUGAAGAACACACUGAUGCCAUCGGCCCCGGAAGCGAGUGUCUGCGUUUCCGCGUUCGCGUCCUCAGUUGUACUUGCAGGCUUCCGUGAGGACACCAUGCGGAGUGUGAUGGGAAGGCAGACAGAGGAGUGGUGUGUGUGCACGUGUGCACAUACGUGUGCAUGAAAGGGAGACUAUCAGUAAAAGAAUGCAUAGCUGUUAGCUCUGGUAAGAAUUUCUAGUACUUACUUUGGGUCAGAUACUGCUGUAGUUGUCGAGUUCUUCCCUGCAGUGAGAUUUUGCCUAGUGGCAGCAGGGCCACCAAGGUUCCACGCCCCAGAUGGUGCGUGGCGUGUGGUCAUCCCGGCAGCAGCGAAGGACCAGGCGAGGGAGAAGAGGAACUGAGGCUUCCCAGCCACCAGCCUCCGGCCCCGUCUCUCCUGUCCAGUAACCCUGGAGGGGGUGUCACUGGGUGCGGACACCUGCCAAGCUUUCUGUGACAUUUCCCCAGCUUCCGAUAAGCACUUACUCUGUGACCAGAGUGCAGAAUACCAUGGUGGACUCUUCCCUCGCUAGAACCAGGGCUCUGCCUGGCAGCGGGGUGGACCCAAGCCACUGUCGUCCCAGUGCCCUGGAGCACUCCUUCACUUUGAUCCCAUUUCUCACACACCUUGAAUUCUAGCUCUGCUGGCCUUUGAGGCCAUCCCAGUAAAUGUCCCCAAUUGGUGUUGUCCACUGUGUCCCCUUUAUCUUCAGGAUGGCUGCUUUUUUUCCUGACAGCUUUAUUGAGAUACAAUUCACAAUUGAUCUGAUCUGCACAACAGUGGCUUAGCGUGGUCACAGAGCUCAGCAACAGCACGAUUUCGGAUCGUUUCAUUACCCCCGGAAGAAACCCAGCGCCCCUUGGUCGCCACCCCCAACCUUCUGUCUCUGUGCGUUUGCCUGUUCUGGACGCAUCCUCUAGAAAUGGAACCAUCAACUUCUCCAGGUGUCUUGGCCCUUCCUCACUGUCAUCCCUGUUCCUCCUCACGGUGCCGCCUCCUCCCCUGGAGCCCCCAGGCUCAGGCUGGUCUGUGCUCGCUGUAAGUGCUGGGAAUUCGGUCGGCUGAGCGUGUCUGCUGUCAGCCAAACACCAAGAGCCUCAAGAGCGAGUAUAAGUAAAGCCAGACUUAACACGUCUUUUUGUGUUAUUCUGAACCAUGGCUGAUAAAACCGUGUUGCACCGAGAAGCACCCCUCCGAGAACAGACGCCCUCCACACUGUCACUCUGCCACCUCUGGCCCCUCUCCUGGAAAGCGUGCAGCAGAGGCGGCCCCAGGACAGGGAGCACCCAGUCCACAAAACCUGCCGCAGAGCCUCGGCCCGUGCCUGGCAUCUACGGCAGUCACUCACGGCCAAGCACCGACUCCUGCAUGGCGUUCCGUGACUUUUCCUGCCUACUGUCUUGAUCCUAGAUUUUUUUAGAAAGGAGGAAAAAUUAUAUGAUGACGUGGACAUUGCUUGAUACAGUGCUUUGGUUCCAAACCAGUUUCUCUUUUCUGCUUAGGAAGGUCCUCAGAGCUGGUUAGGUUCUCAAGAGGGUUUUGUUCAGUUCCUGAAACACCCCUUCAGCAGUUUGAGCUGAGAUCUCUGAAUGAAGGUGUGAUGGGUUUACUUAUUUCCUGCUUCUCCGUGAAGCUUAAAUAGGGCGUAAGAGAAGAUGCCCUCAGCAGUGCAGCGGGCGGUUCACACUAGGUGGCAUUUGGACUCUGUGGUAAGCACUUCCCAUCCUAAAUAACCGAGGGGCAUGCCAGGCCCUGCUGUGCCCUAGCGCCUCCCGAGAAGGCCUGCCGGCGGGGGGGACAGAAGAGCCCCGGAGAGUCCCAGCCGCGGUGAGCUGCAGGGCCGCCCCCCCAGCCUGGGCCUGUAUGUCACAAGCCAGGUGUGUCGGGCAGGGGGCUUCCCUGCAAAGAGGAGACAGCUUGGGAUUCUGGCCCACAGUGACUUGAAUUAGUCACCGUGCCUAGAUCUGUUGCUCAUCUCCGAAGUGGCUGUGUGGGAGUUUCUACCUCAUGGGGUCCUGGGAGGUGUGGGUGACGUGUCCCUGGGAAGCACCAGGGUGGUGUCCUGCGUCCAGCUGGUGCUCAAUGCCUGCCAGCCACCCUCCGGCUGGGUCCACUGGCUUCCCCGGACACCCUGUUGCCUCUCGUGAGAAGCCCACAGGCUCCCGGGUCUCCGCCUCUUAGCCAAGAGGAGCAGCAGACGGGAUUCCGGGCGGAGCAGCGUCGCCUGCUGCCGCGCCCGCUCCCCCUGCAGUUCUGCCCCGGUCUCCGAAGUGGCGCGCGCGCCAGUGCGUGGCGUGUACUAGGGGCUAAUAAAUGUGUUGGCUGAGUGAAUAUGCUCAGUGCGGAAAAAUGGCAACAGUGCGGAUUCUGUAGAUGGUACAUUCUAGAAGAGUAGAAGGCGGAGCGAUUGCCCCCAGAUCCGCGGCGCACGCUGUCGAUCGGUGUGCCUGCCGCGUCCCACGCGUGGCCUCGCACGUCACUCUGAAAUGACAUCCAGGUCCCUGUCCUUGCCUCAGCCUCUCCACAGUGCCCCACGCCCCAUCGCCUCACCCAGAUGCUGGCACAGGGUCCCCACACGUGUCCCGUCCAUUUAGGUGACUGAGACAGCCUCGCCCCGGUGAGCCAGUCCUGCCUGUAGGAGGAACGUGGAGCCCCCUUAUGGUGUGAGGAGUCUUGCCCAACCCCGUCACCUAGAGUCCUCACAGGGAGCAGCCCGUUGGGCUAUUAACACCUCUUGUGCCCUGUAUUAAUACGAUGGCUAGUGCGUCUGUGUGAUCAUCCAUGCCCCGUGUUAAUGCGAUGAUAACACCUCUGAGUGCACGAUGCCUUGCGUGGCAGAGAGGACGAGGACGCGCAGCGCCAUGAGGGGGAGGUCGCGGUGGGGGUGGGCUGGCCGGCCCCGACAUUCACCUGCACCCUGACGUGGGUGUCCCACUGGCUGACUCUGCUCACCUCUUCGCUGGGACACGGGAACCGAGCGCAGCCCGGGCACUUACCCAGAACCGCCGGGGCUUCAGUGCAGGGGCAGCUGCGCCGCGGGCAGCUGGGACUCUGGAGGCAGCCGGGCCAGGGUUCAGUCGAGUCCCCUUCCUGCCUGCAGCGCGGCCCUGGGGACCCGCCUCACCUUCCUGGGCGUCAGGGAUGUGGAGACGAGAUGGCUCGGAGGUGCCCGUGAGCGGGGCAUGGGCUAGUGCGUGUCCGCGCCUGGCAGUCCACCGCGCGCUGUGUGUUCGCGCUCCUCCUCAGGCGGGCGCAGCCCUGUGCGGGGCGGUGUCGCCCACGCAGGGACACGUCGCCCCUCAGCCCCCGCUCCGCCGUUACAAAGCAGGUCUGUCAGCGAGCGCCGGCGUGCUUGACUGGAAGGCGUUUGUGAGUGUUUACAGCAUGCUUGCUGGAAUUAACCAUCUUACUGUACGUCAGAUUUGGAAU